AUGGGACAAAUAGUGAGUAGUUUUAUUCAAAAAUUAUUUGCCAAAAAAGAAAUGCGAAUAUUAAUAGUUGGUGGUUAUCAUCCUGGUAAAACAACAAUUUUAUAUAAACUUAAACUUAAUGAAAUUGAUAUUACAAUACCGACAAUUGGCUACAAUGUAGAGAUGAUUAAAUAUAAAAAUUAUUAUUUGAGUUUUUGGGAUAUUGGUUAUGGAGGUGGUCGUUUAGAUAUUCUUUGGAAAAAUUAUUUUUAUGGUACUGAUAAAGAUAUUCCAUCGGGUAUUAUUUAUGUUGUUGAUUGUGCUAAUAGAGAAGAUAUUGUUUAUUCAAGAGAAGGAAUUGUCACUUUGACCAACGGUCGUGACUUUGAAGGUGUUCCUAUUUUAGUUUUUGCAAAUAAACAAGAUGUUACAAAUGCAAUGUCUGUUGAUGAAGUUAAAGAAAAACUUAAUCUUGAUGUAGCUUUUGUUGGACGUCCUUGGCAUGUUCAGGCUUCUUCUGCUAUUCGUGGUGAUGGUCUUUACGAAGGACUUGACUGGCUUAUUAAUGAAUUUGAAAAAAAAAAACAAUUGUCAUUUAUCAUCUGA